AUGCAGGCGGCUGCCCUCCUUGGCCGAUCGCGUCCGGCUCGGAGCCCGUUCCCGUGGCUCGCCCUCCUCGACGGCACCUUCCUCAGCGUCCCGGACGGCGAGGUCCACCGCAUCCCCGCGGCGGCGCCGGGCGACUCCCACUGCCACGGCUCCGUAGGCGGCUGGCUCUUCCUCGAGCACCUCGACGCCGCCAGCGGCGUGUUCUCGCUGUCGCUGACGAAUCCCUUCUCCGAGGACGACGUCGUGCGGCUGCCCGACGCGGACGCCAUCUGGCGCCAUGAGCCGCUGGACGACCACGACGCCGCGCGACGCCCGAUCUUGCACAAGCCGCCCGUGCCAGAUGAAGAAGAUAGGAUGAAGCAUAGCCGGACCUUCUCAUUUAAUUUGAAGUGUAUGAAGCAGACAUGGCCACCGAUUCUUGCGUGCAGUGGAGACGGCUCAAUUCUUUGGGAGGCCAAGCACUCUUUGUUGGCCCCAGCUCCAAGUUCCUCCAGGCUUCUGAGUGUGGAGCUCAGCCAGAUUGCAUCUACUUCAUCUGCGACUACGAUUGGGACAUUCUUGAGCAGAUCCUCUCCGCGACUGCGGCGUGUUCGACAUGAGAAAUGGGACGGUCGCGCCUAUGUUUGCCGGAGACUACGGCGAUGCGGCCAAAAGAUGUUAGCGAAGGGCGUUCGGAAGAAAAGUUCUAUUCGGCCCGUCCGGGAUGGUUCUUCCCCUCCUGAAGCUAUGUAAUAUGCAAUGCUCAUGCCAAACAUGGCAUAUGCUUUGCUUCAUCCUCUCAACUCAAAGGUUGCGGACUCCACGUCUUCACUGCUGAACAGAAUUCCUUCCGACUGACUUCGUGUGACUGAAAUUUUCUCCGAAAUUAAAAAACUCCA